UGGCUCGCCAAAAAGUAUAAUUGGUGGGCUGCAGUCGGUGAUCCCAGUCUGUCUGUCCGUGUGGCUGGCCGUGUGUGCCCUGGCUCCAGGGCUCCCUACUCCGCCUCCUGUCGAGUGCUGCGGCGCCCGGGGCUCCCCCUUCCGUCCUCCUUUCUCUCCCUUUCCUCUCUCCUCCCUUCUCUCUGCCUCCGGCCAGAAGGCGAGCGCCCUGCCCUCCCUGCAGCCGACCAUGCAGAAGCAAGAAGCCCCUGAGAAAGGCUUCCGGCCCCACUUCCCACACUUCGCCACCCAGGCCAUCCACGUGGGCCAAGAGCCAGAGCAGUGGUCCUCCCAGGCCGUGGUGCCGCCCGUCUCGCUGUCCACCACCUUCAAGCAGAAGGCGCCCGGGCAGCACUCGGGUUUUGAAUACAGCCGCUCUGGAAAUCCCACCCGGAACUGCUUGGAGAAAGCAGUGGCUGCUCUGGAUGGUGCUAAAUACUGUCUGGCCUUUGCUUCAGGCUUAGCAGCCACUUUGAACAUCACACAUCUCUUAAAGCCUGGGGACCAUAUCAUUUGUGUGGACGAUGUGUAUGGAGGGACAAACAGGUACUUCCGGCGCGUGGCCUCUGAGAUGGGUUUGAAGGUUUCUUUUGUGGACUGUUCCAAACUCAAGCUGCUGGAUGCUGCAAUCACACCAGAAACCAAGCUUGUCUGGAUUGAAACUCCCACAAACCCCCUCUUGAAGAUCAUUGACAUUGAAGGUUGCGCUCAAGUGGUCCAUAAUCAUGAAAUUAUUUUAGUCGUAGAUAACACUUUCAUGUCCGCCUACUUCCAGCGUCCUCUGGAUCUGGGAGCUGACAUUUGCAUGUAUUCAGCCUCAAAGUAUAUGAAUGGCCACAGUGAUGUUGUCAUGGGUUUGGUUUCAACGAAUUCCGAAAACCUAUAUAAAAAGCUCAGCUUCUUGCAAAAUGCUUUGGGGGCUAUUCCGUCUCCUUUUGACUGUUACCUCUGCCUUCGUGGUCUGAAAACGUUGCAAAUCCGCAUGAAGAAGCAUUUUGAAAAUGGAAUGGCUGUGGCCAGGUUCCUAGAGGUGGAUCCUCGGGUGGAAGAGGUUAUUUAUGCAGGUCUGCCAUCUCAUCCUCAAUACGAGCUGAUGCAGCGCCAGUGCACAGGUUGCCCAGGAAUGGUCACCUUUUAUAUCAAGGGUGAGCUCGCACAUGCAGAAGCCUUCCUUAAGAACCUAAAGAUUUUCACGUUGGCUGAGAGCCUGGGAGGAUACGAAAGUCUUGCUGAGCUUCCGGCUCUCAUGACUCAUGCCUCAGUGCCCAAAGAGGACAGGGAGGAACUGGGGAUCAGUGAUACUCUGAUCCGGCUCUCUGUUGGCUUGGAGGACAUAGAAGAUCUCUUGGAGGAUCUUGACCAGGCUUUGAAGGCUGCUCACCCUUAAUCUGUGCUCGUGGUACCUAGAAUUCCAGGACGUGCUACUGACAGCCUGCAUUCCUGGAAUGAUCGGUAAUCGCAGAGACUGCGAAUGAGAGCCUCCAGUGAUUUUCAUUUGAAGACUUAGUGUCUGCCACAUUAGGCACCUCGUUACCUUUUAUACUCUAAACUUUCAGUGACUGGACAUUAUGGUACAAGAUGCUGUUCUCUCAUCUCUCUCUGGUUGUGAAAUUCCAGGUCAAUUUCUGGUGAUGCUUUCCCCUUUAUCCUUUAUUGUUUAUAUUUUUGCUUAUCAAAGGAGGCUAAAUUGUGUACUGCCAUUCUGCAUCUUCCUUCCAGCCAUAAAAUGUCUUUUUAUUCUGUUACACUCUGAUGGCAGUUCAUUGUCUGGUUGCCUUCAGAAUAAUUCACACUACUGAAUGAACUCUCCGUGUUUUGCUUAUACACAUGGUACCUAGAGCAGCUAAGUGGUUUGCAGAACAUGGGUGUGAUGCCAAAAUCAGAUACUUGAAACCAUAAUGUGAAAUUCUACUGGUUUUAAAUUGUAUCUCAAAAAUCUCAUUUUUCAUUUUAGUAAAUAUACAUGGCAAAUGUGCCUUGCUUUAUCUUUAUCUUUCAAUAUUGGGUGCAUCUAGUAAUAAUUUUGCCUUGGUAGGUGUUAAUUUUUUUUGUUUCAGUCAUCAAUUUGCAUAGGCUUGCAUAUGUCUCUUAAAGACAUUUGUUUUCAUAAAAUCAAUAAGAAUGACAUUCACAUUCCUGUCUUUAAAGUUAAAGAAUAUUCAAUGUCCUAGCCACUUGAGCCUCCCCCCCACAAUGGAUUUUUGCAUUUCUCCUUUUACUUGAAGGCAUGAUAUGCUUCCAGAAGGAAUUAGCCUCUUGGGAGUUAAGCAGUGCCUUCUCUGAAGCAUUGGUAAAUAUGAGUAAGCCACAAGUUCCUUCCAACUCACUCUAAUUGGGUUUGAAACUUCCUUUCAGAAGGAAGUCUUUAUUUUGUAUUUUUCCCACUUUUGAGAUUCCUCCCGGCCAGGGAUUCAAGCUUGCCUACUCAUCUUGCAUCAAUUGUCAAUGUCUUAUUUCAGAUCUCUAAAGAACCGUAAGGAAGGAUUCCAAACCACCUCCACGCCCCCCCCCCCCCACUCCUUCCUUCCUAUUAAAUUGAGCCUGACACAAAAACCUCAGGAUUGGGGGUGGUUGGGAGACUGGAAUGAGAGUCUUCAAAAAGAAGCCAAGAGUUUAUUUUUCCAGUGUGAGAUGGUCUUUAUUGAUUUGGCUGCUUGUCGAUUUCUUAGAUCUCUUCCUUUGGAUUGUACCUUUAUGACUUCCUGUGUUUCCUGUAGAUAAUUGGCCAUGGUGCCUGUGCCUUAGUGAAAUUCUUAAUAAAUAUAUUGAACAAACAAA